AUGUCGAAGCUCAACAUCGACAACUUGAAGAAGGGCAUCGCCGGGAUCCUCGAGGGCAGCAAGGAGAAGCAGCGCAAGUUCUUGGAGACCGUGGAGUUGCAGAUCGGCCUGAAGGACUACGACACCCAGAGAGACAAGCGAUUUGCUGGCACCAUCAAGCUUCCGCACGUCCCGCGGCCUCGCUUGAAGGUCUGCGUGCUAGGCGACGCCGUUCACUGUGAGCAGGCGCAGCGCGCAAACAUCCCCUUCAAGAGCGUCGAGGACCUCAAAAAGCUCAACAAGAACAAGAAGAUGGUGAAGAAGCUGGCGGACUCCUUCGAUGCCUUCCUGGCCUCGCAGGUUCUCAUCCCGCAGAUUCCCAGGUUGUUGGGGCCCGGCUUGAACAAGGCCGGCAAGUUCCCCACCCUCGUGCAGCACUCCGACAACUUGGAGACGAAGGUCACGGAGGUGAGAAGCCAGGUGAAGUUCCAGCUCAAGAAGGUCUUGUGCAUGGGCGUCGCUGUCGGCAACGUGUCCAUGACCCCUGAUGAGCUGAGGCAGAACUGCCUGAUGGCGAUCAACUUCCUCGUCUCCCUGCUGAAGAAGAACUGGAACAAUGUCAAGCGACUGCACAUCAAGAGCACCAUGGGGAAACCCUUCACCAUCUACGGCUGA